AUGGCACUCCUGGCUCGUACCCUGGCACUGCUGGCAAUGACCGUAGCCACGGCAGCCGUCAAGGUGGUGCCCCUAGAUAUGGCCCAGGACUCCUUCGAUGACCAGUACCGGGGCUGUGGCCCUGCCAUGACCAAGGCAUUGCCAUCCCUCUACAACUUUGAGUUCCAGAAGAAUCCUCUCUUUGCCCAGACCUGGGUGAAGGCCGAGGCUGAGUGGCGCAAGAGGGGCUCCCCUGUGUCCCCUCUGGCGUCCCCAGCCCAGGCUGUUGCUGUCAUGGCCUACACAAUGAAGUACCUGUACAAGGAGUUCAAUGCAGCUGUACACGUGGCCGGGCGCUCCCGCCAGGAAUACCGGGACAACUUCCACUUCAAAACUCUGCAUUUCCUGCUGACCCAGGCACUGGUGACACUGAGGCAUGCCCAGAAUGGGCAGUGUCACAGCGUGUUCCGGGGCGUGCGUGAUGUUAAUUUCAAGGCACAGCGUGGCCAGAGGGUCCGGUUUGGUCAAUUCACAUCGACGUCGCUGAGCAAAGAGAUUGCUCUGCAGUUUGGGACAGACACAAUAUUCCAAGUGCACACGUGCCAUGGUGUGGACAUCCGGAAGUUCUCCAUGUAUCCAGGGGAAGGAGAAGUGCUGAUCCCACCCUUCGAAACCUUUGAGGUCACCAAAAUCAUCUGGGAUGGGAAGAGGACAUGGAUCUGGCUCCGCUCUGCCAGGACCUUCAGCAAAUACAACUGCGCGUUGCUGUGA